AUGCCUCGCGUGCGGGUAACUUCUCUGUUGUUGCAAAUACGAAGGUGCCGCCAAAUGAGAUGGCAGUGUAAAGUCUGGAUUCAGAGCAACAACAAAAGGACACAGUGCACUCUUCAGUUGAGAGGACCAGAGAGGUUGUCCUUUGGUGUCUUAUGGAAUACCUUGGAGAACAAGGGGACCAUCUCAUCAAAGAAUUCAACGACACUGAGAACUGACACUGUGACCUCAACGCCUGGAGCUUCUGCAAACGACAGGCCCAAGAACGUUGGAAUUGUCAUAGAGGAAUCCACAGCCGAGGACACUUGUGGUGAGAAUGUCCUCUCCUCCGACUGCAGUGACCUCACCCACUUUCCUUUGCCAAACAUAAGAGCCUUGUUCAUCUCCUCGGCCAAUUAG